ACCAUCGUGCUGAGACAAUGCAGGGGAAAGUAAGGAAGAAGAAAAGGUAGAAGAUGCGAGGAGAGAUGACAGGAUAUAGAGGAAAAGUGGAAUGAAGGGAAGAAGAGGCAGCUCCAUCACCCUCCUGAAACCACCUCCACGAUCCCUCUACACCCAACCUUCCCUAAAUCACAAUCAGCCUCCGAUAACUACCUCCACUGUCCCAGUACCACUACCAGCCCUCAACCUUCCCACUAUCAAUACCUUCUCAUCACACUUCCUUAACCACCUCCAAUAAUCACCUCCAUCUUCCCACUACCAGUACUCUGUCAUCACCAGGACCACUCUCCAGGGACAGAAGACCCAACACAGAUGGUGCUUGAUGUAAGGACCAUUAUAAGGACACUAUCAACAGGAUAAGAGAGUUUAGCAAAAUGAAGGUGUCGAGUUCUCAGUGUGCCAUGAUGGUAGCCGCUGUGGUCACCAGUGUCUUCAUCUUCUUCAGUUAUGGGUACAGCAGAGGCUGGCUGAUGCAGCGCUGUUCAAGUAAUGGUGAUCAUUUUAGUGAUCCUCAUCCAGCUGAUGCUCAUAAUCCUCCUGGCGCACCUAAUCUUCCUGGUGCUGAGCGUCAUGGUGCCUUCUACAACAACUCUGAAAUAGCCACGGACGAAGAAGAUUGGAGUACGAAAAGAUGUCCUCUGAAGCCGCUCAAGAAUGUGGACGAACUCUUCAAGUAUAUUACCUCCUGCACACUCGCCUGCCAGAAGCCAGUGAGUUAA